AUGUCUUCCACGCGAGAGGAGCGGUUGCAAAUGCGACAGCGCGGAGCUGGAACGCGCAAAAUCCAACAAGUCGAUUUCGGCUUCUCAUUUGGAGGCGCAGAGGCUGGCCCAUCAGAUUCUACACCUUCAAUAUUCCCUGAACCCGCGAAACUGCCGCAAACACAGACAGUCAGUACUGCGACAACUUUGCCGCCGAAGACAUCGCAGCCCGAGUCGCAAACGAGAAGCCAAUCCGCAAAUACACCGGGCAAUGCGCGCAAUAAUGUUGCUCAACGCGCCUCAACAUAUGAUAUACCAUUGGACGAUAUGCCUGAAGAACCGCGGAGCAACAAGAGGAGAAAAAUCAACCCCUCAGAUGAGAACUCUGAAACUCCUUCGCGUCAAAAACCUCGAAUAUCUGAAGGCGACAACUCGAGCACAGCUCAGAAUGGCGCCACUGCACCCGAAGAAGCAUCAGCUUCACAAGAUGCAGACAUAUCUUUCGACGUUAAUAAUGCGAACAAUAGUCCUGACACAGGUGCACAGACCGAAAUUAUCGAACAACAACUACCAAUUGAAAUACAGACUUCGAGGGCUGAUAGUACUCUGCAAACAAAUACGGAAGCGCCUCGAAAAUCCCGAUCACCCCAAGCGCCAAUACCCGAGACGCAAGCUAUAGUUGAAUCCGUCAAAUCUGCCAGCACAAAAAAGCGCCAGCAGAAGGGCUCAUCACCACCACGCAGUGACCGCUCUUCACCUCAGCAAGGUAAAGAGAAGAAAUCAAAAGAGCAAACUCAACAUCCGAACCGAGUCUCUAAGGGGGGACGUGAGCCAAAAGCCAGAGUUUCCCAGACUCGACCGACUCCGAGUGCUUCUGCUCCUAAUCCCGAUGAGCCGGAAACAAGUGGUGCUCCUGAGGACAACGAGAGAGGCACAGAACUCGAACCUGGUACUCGGAAUGCAACAGAGACUGAAGCCUCGUCUCAAAAGCACUCUCAAGCGACUAAGAAGACCCGAGGGCGCAAAGGUCAUUCACCCAACGGCGACACCGCGCCGCCAGAGGCCACAAAGGAGACUAUACCGGAUGUGGAAGCAGAGCCUAAGGUCACCAACGUUCAAAGCAAGAAAUCACGCGGGAAACGUCCAGCGGGUGAACAAUCAAUAUCUGGAAAAUCAACCAAUGGAAAGACAAAAGCAAGGCCUGCACCUGCGCCUGAACUUGAGCCCGGAAAGCCAAACCAGGAGCCAGAAGCGGGUCCUUCAAAAUCUCGGGGCGGAAAAGCUGGCAAUAAGGGCAAGAAAGCAGCUGAGCCCAAAUCAGCUGUUCGAAAAGAGCAGCCAGAAGCUGAGGCCGGCCCUGAGCCCGACCCUGAGACAGUGCCAGAACCAUCGAAACCCCGCCGUGGCAAGGCUAAUAAGAAGGGCAAGCGGGCAACCGAGCCAGUUUUUCCAGCUGCAAGUACAGAAGAACCAUCGAAUGCCGAGGAAGCACCUCACUCCGGGUCUCAACAACCUCAAGAAACAGAGACGCAAGCAGAACCCGGUCCAUCAAAGGCACGCGCUGGGAAACGCGGGAAGAAGAGUCAAAAGUCAACUGAGGCCGAAUCUGCUACUAGGGAGGAACAACCAGAAACCGAGACAGCCCAAGAAGGACGCCGAAAGACAAGAGAACCUCGUGGCGAAACUGUGCCCGUUACAGUGCACCGUUUGGUCAAUUCCUCGGCCCUGGGUGCAAUACACGCUUCUGUUGACUCCGGUGACGAAGAUGAAGAGUCAGCACAGCAAAACUCCACUCAAGACAUGGACAAGCUGCCAAACCGUGGCGGUGUCAAUCCUGCCGAUGUCCUUGGUCAAAUUUGUCGCGAAACUCUGGAGAAGACGCUCACGGCGCUCCAGAAUGGAAUUUCCAACGAAACAAAUACUCAAAGACGGGCUGAAUGGACACGCAAACGAAAGGCUGUUGAGGCCUUCGGUUCUGAACUUGACAGUCGUCUGUUGGACUUGAGUGAGAUGCUUGAUAGCAACUUCGUGCUUGGCGUUCAGCUUAAAAAGUCGAAGCGUGAGAUGAUGGACUUGCGGGGUCGUUUGUACAAGGUGCGACAAGAAAGAGAGUCUCUUACCUUACAGAUGGACGCAGUACGUGGCAAGCAUAUGGAAGAAGAGGCUGCCAAAAUAUCCCGUACCACCAUCAAUAACUCUCUCCACAGCUUGGAUUUGGCACUAGAUCGCAACCAAAACAGGGCAUCACCCACAACAGAGCCUUCGUCUGCUGAUUUAGAGUUUAUGCUACGUACUGUGGCUGACGAUGUGAGCUGUCGAGCACCAGGCGCGCAGGGUGGCUUGCUAAACCAAAUUCGUGCUUUUAAUGCGCAAUUGGAAACUACGGCUCGUCGUAUGGAAAGGUAA